AUGAAGUCACCGAUACCGCCGAGGCCGACCGCUGCCCUUGAGGCAUAUACGACAGAAACUCAGGAAGGCCGGAUCAUAAAGCCAGUCAGAUCUAACGUUACUGGGAAGAUCGAGGACCGGACCACAACCUCAUUACUUUCAAGCUCAACGAUCCAGAAAACCCUAAGAACUGGAGCAAAGCGCGGAAAUGGAAAGGUAGCGGAGGAAUUCGACAUAGGGGAAAUUGUGGACCUCCUUACGAUUACAGUCUGUGGUAUUGGAUUCCAAAGUGUUGAGCCAAUGUCAGAAAUGUUUGGACGAAAGCCAGUAUAUGUCCCUACACUGUCGGUCGCUGUUGUCUUCUUGAUUACGGAGUACAUAGUGUCAGGAGCUGUGUGGGCGCUAGUCACGUUCACCGCCCCUGAGACGUCCACGGUUGACACCUAUCAACAUCAGGCUACUUCCGCGCUUGCCGCCAAAACCUUUCUACGAUCCAUGUCCUUUGGUUAA